GUGACAUUUUCCUUUGUGUUUUACUUCGUAUGUCUUAUCUACAGGGUCAGGGCAUGGUAACAUCAAUGACAAUGAAAGCUGAUAAUUAGUUAAUGAUACAUUUUAAUGGGCACACAGCCAGCAAAAAGUGGCUAUAAGGAAGCCCCUGGUUGCAGUCGUCCACUAUCACCAGUCAUGAGGGUGCUUGUGCUAGCCUUCACCGUGGCCCUUGUGGCGGGUAACCAGGUCAACUUUGCUCCAGAGUUUGCCACUGGAAAGACCUACGUCUACAAAUAUGAGGCCUUUAUCAUGGGCGGCCUUCCUGAGGAGGGUCUG